UGGCCUCAGAUCUCCGGCCGUUCCCUACCUCGGUGAAAGCGCUUCUUCUCCCCCCCCCCCCCGCUUUCGCAGUAGCCUCCCGAUGUCCUGCAGCGAGCCGUGGUUGGCGUGGCGGAGCAAAGGGAGGCCGCUGACUGCCCUCCCUGCCGUUUCCCCGCUUCGCUCGUGGCUCUGAUUCGGGACGGAGCCUGCGGCCUUUCUCCUUGCAAGAGCUGUCGGGCGUUUCUCGGGGGCGGUGAUUGGCCGGAGUCACCCGAGGCUGCCCUACCAGGAGGAGGCCGCUCCGAAUUUCUAGCCUCGCGUCACAAAGGGGGCCCCGUGCGAGGCCAGCCACGCCCCUUCCUGCGGCCACGGGGACUCCUCCCGGCCCCGCCCACAGCGGCCCCGGAAGAGCGCUCGUGGGCGGGUCCUCGGACGCAGCCAAUCGCGCCGCGGCGGGGCUUUGAAUCCGCGAAGCAGAAACGGUCGGGACUGAGGCGCAGAAGGCGCGGAGCCGCCUGGCCGGCCGAGAUGAGACGCAGCGAGGUCCUGGCCGGUGAGUCGGUGGCCUGCCUGACCCAGGCGCUGAGCCACCUGCGCGGCAUCUGGGAGGAGAUCGGCAUCCCGGAGGAUCAGCGGCUGCAGCGCACCGAAGUGGUCAAGAAGCACGUCAAGCUACACCUGGAAGUCGACCGCUUGGAACAACUGCAGUGCCAGAACCUGCAGAAGGUGGUGGAGGCCAUUCGGGCUGAGCUGUCCGCUUACUGGGACAAGUGCUUUUAUGGGGAAGAGCAGAGGCGCUCCUUUGGCCCGUACUAUGAAGACACCUUUACUGAAGAGUUGUUGCAGCAACACGACAAAGAGCUCAUGCGACUGAAGCAUUAUUACGAGACACAUCAAGAGCUGUUUGAAGCAAUCCAGAAGUGGAAGAAGAGCUGGUGUCUCUUUCAGGAGCUCGAGAAAAAGGCCACUGAUCCAAGUCGCUUCACCAACCGAGGAGGCAACCUCCUGAAAGAAGAGAAACUGCGUACCAAGGUGCAGAAGACUCUUUCCAAGUUGGAAGAGGAGCUGAGGGUCCGGGUUGAGCUGUGGGAGCAAGAGCAUACUCAAGACUUCCUAGUGAGCGGGCAGCGCUUCAUGGAGCACGUGGCCGAGCAGUGGCACCUCCAUCAUCUGGAGAAGGAGAAGGAAAGGCAGGAACGGGUGAGUUGGCAGCCUCAGCUUUCCACCCAUGGCUGUUAGUUUAUCAUGUCCAGCAAGGGUAGCCAAGCCUGUUGA